CCCUGAUAGGAGAGCAGGUUUUUUUUUCUUCUUCCCGUCCUCCGCCCACACACGGUGAAGAAUGACUGUAAAUGGUUGCAGGUGAGAAGGAGGGGGCAGACUUGUCCAAAUAUUGGGUGGAGUACGUGAACAGGUAUAGACGCACGCAAGAAGUUAAUUACAGAACUGUGCACAGACUCCAAACAGUGAGCUGCUACUCAGAGAGACCAGUCAUCUCACCAUGGAAAUAGAGACAGAAAAGCAAAGGCCCAAUUAUGGCCAGUUGAUCUCCGUGCCUCACAAGGAUACAAUCCGUCUAUUGGAGGUGUUUGUCAAGCGGAGCCUCAGCCUAAAUGAUGGGACAUUGAGGGAAAGGAAGGCUAAGUCUAAAGAAAAGUGGGUGACAAUACCAAGAAGGCAAAGACGACACUCUAGUGACCCUUCUGUUCACUUGGGCGAUGGAUUAAACGACGAGAGAAUUGGUACAUUUGUUGCCUCUGAAUCUCCCACAACCCAGCCUGAACCACAGCCCGAGAUACAGCCUGAGACACAGCCUGAUACACACCCAGAGGAACCGGAGAAGCCGACCAAAAAAUCUAAAAAGAUCAAGACACCGAAGACAUUUUGGAAGAGUUUUUUGGGUUUGUUCUCUCGGAAGGGUGAUGAGGAGCCGGAGAGUUCGUCAGAGAUGCCCGAGACCUCGCCAUCAGAACCCUCGGGCACCACAACUCCAGUCACUGUUCAAAAAAAGAAGUCCAUGAGAAAAAGAUCCUUAAAAAGAAGGUUCUCCAGAAGGCGACUAUCCCAGAAAUCAAAGCAAGAAACUAUUAAAGAUCUCAACCCAGCUGACAUCACCAUGGUUGAAACUGUAAGUGUGCAACCAACAUACUCUUACUACGAAAAGGUGUCAGAGGAACUGGAAAAAAUCGUCCACGAGGUCAAAGUAAAUGAGGAAGUUGAAACACUCACAGAUGAGGAUGUAAUCAAUCGGAUUAUCGCUUUGACAAAGGAGCAGGGUGAUGCUAUAGAGGACAAGCUGAAAGACAAUCCCACCCUGAGUAACUUUUUCCAGGGGAUGUCAUACUCUUGCUUCCAGAAGUUGGCUGACGCCUAUUUAGCAACAGAGGCAAGGCCGACCCACAACCCUCCCACUGUCCUCCCAACAGCCCCUGAGCUGGUCAAGCUGGCCUUUACAUUGGACUUUACGGCUAGGAUAGCCGGACUUUCCAGACAGAAUAUAGGUCAUAUUACUGGCCUUGGCAACCGUUACCUACAAGACCGAUUUGAAUACACACAGGCAUGUACAGAUCAUCCAUGGUCCGACAGCGAUGACUGAAAGACAAACACAAACACUUUACUCACAAACUUUUUUCAGCAUCACAAAUGCGGUUAAGGAACUGUUGCAACGAGUUCCUCUUUACAAUAACCCCUUUAAAAGAACACAAAGGGAACCCACACAAGUCUUACAAGAAUAAAAAAAAAGAAGUGCUAAUUGUUUCCAUUUUCAUCUCAUGUUAACUCUUUUGUGAGAGAAUACUAGUAAUCAUACUUCAACAGAAUGUUUGCUGAAAAACCAGUUUGAUUACUUUUGGUAGGUUUGAGUUUCUUGUGUUGACGACUGACCUUCACAUUAAGAGUCAACUGGAAAACAUUGAUCUAAGUAAGCGAAGUCUUAAAAUAUGUAUCAAUACCAGUAAUGUAGCUGGUGCUAUCAGUGACACUAAAAUGUGAAAUGCUCUUCUGACAGAUCCACCAACAAAUGUGACACAUUCUAGUGAUUUAUAAUAAUUCAAAAGAGCAUUGUGUUUACCAUGUAUGUAUAUAAGCUAGACAGUGCAAUACUUUUUAAAUGUUUUUUAGGAUAUCAAAAUGAGCAAGCCUCAUUUAAUAGAAUGUAAUCUGAAAUGUGAAAUGAUU